AUAUCAGCGGUGAAACAAGAGGCAUCCAAAUACAUUAAAGUCACUAAAGACCUGUUGUCGCUAAUAUAAGCCUUGUAAAGCAGGCAAAUGUGAGUGAUUUAGGGCUGGGAGGCUUGAUUCUCAGGUUGAUAGCCUGAGAAUUAAAUUCUCCACUGAACUGGAAAUGAAAUACUACAUCUUCCUCCUAUAAGGUCAGCUAUGUGCAGUAUUGUCCUGGGUGAGGAUCACCCAGCAGAGCCAAGUGUGCAUGGUGUGGUGGGAAGUAUAGUGUCCUUUCUGGUUGCUGUGUAGGCUGCAUGUGUUGCAGCUGCCAAGGAGGCUAUGAAUGGGAAGGUUAAGAAGGAAUGUUUUCAGAGGUGGUAGCUGAAAACACUUGUAGCUUAAGUUGAAAGUCACGGAGGACACUUGUGUUCUUUAGUGAUUUGAAGGAUUUAAUGGAAAUACAGUGGGUUUACCAUGAAAAUACACUUUAAUGUACUUGAAGCGCCUGAGGGCAGCUUCUGGCAGGCUGGAUGUCAGGUUUAUGCUGUGUGGGAGCAUUAAGGAUUGAGUUUGAAGAACCCCUUGAUUUGUCCUGAUUUCAUCUUGUGAAUCACAGGUUUGGUUUUGUGCCUGCUGGUUCUGAUGUGACCCACAGCAGCAGAGUUUGUAAUGCCGCAGCUCAUGUGCAAGGACCGAAGUUACUUCCCCAGGAACAUUUUUACCUUACUGUAUACUUGAUCUUGGAUUUGACUCUCUUUGGAGGAAGUGACAGGUCAAAUGAGCUGCUCCAAAAUUAAAAGCUGGAAGAGGACAGGAAUGAAAUAACAGCUGCUCUCUGAAUCUUGCUUGAGAAGCGUUUCAUGCACUGUGCUGUUACAUGUUAGGAAGCUAUACAGUUGGGCUUUUAACAGCUCUUGGUAGGCAAGAGUUAAUUGGCUUAAGUUCGACUAGACUGACCUUGGCAGCUGCAGUCUUCACAAGUACUUGGGGCAGAAGGAGGUGAGGCCUCAGUUUGUAGCUGUCAGGAAGCACCUGGCCACAGCAGAAACCUGUAAUGUUAAGUGUAUUAAUACCAGUAGGAGUUGGGUUAACUGUAGAACAUGCGUAUCUACAUACUUCAAAACACAAGCUUCUUAACCACAACAUCUUGUCAACUGUGACAAGACUCCUUAAAAAUUUCUUUGGAGAAGAAAAAUCUUAAGAUGGCAGGCAAAGGAAGUAAGACAGACUGCAUGUCAUGCAGUGUACUGAACUGGGAGCAGGUCAGCCGUCUUCAUGAGGUUCUUACAGAGGUGGUUCCGAUCCAUGGCCGAGGUAACUUCCCAACACUGAAGAUCACUCUGAAGGACAUUGUUCAGACAGUUCGGAGUAGGCUGAGUGAAGCAGGCAUUGUGGUACAUGAUGUCCGUCUGAAUGGCUCUGCAGCUGGUCAUGUCCUAGUCAAGGAUAAUGGGCUGGGAUGCAAGGACCUGGAUCUCAUUUUUCAAGUUUCUCUUCCAAGUGAGGCAGAGUUUCAGUUAGUUCGAGAUGUGGUGUUGCGAUCCCUCUUGAAUUUCUUGCCAGAAGGAGUAAGCAAGCUGAAAAUCAGUUCAGUAACACUGAAGGAAGCCUACAUCCAGAAGCUAGUCAAAGUGUACACAGAAUCUGACCGUUGGAGCUUGAUAUCACUUUCUAACAAACAUGGUAGGAAUGUGGAACUGAAGUUUGUAGACUGUAUACGACGACAGUUUGAAUUCAGUGUGGACUCCUUCCAAAUCAUAUUAGACUCCCUGCUCUUUUACUACGACUACUCUGAAACCCCCAUGUCAGAGCACUUCCAUCCAACUGUAAUUGGGGAGAGUAUGUAUGGAGACUUUGAAGCAGCUUUUGAUCACCUCCAGAACAAGCUGAUAGCUACCAAAAAUCCUGAAGAGAUCCGUGGUGGUGGGCUUCUUAAGUAUAGUAACCUUUUAGUGCGAGACUUCAGGCCCAUGGAUAAGGAUGAGAUCAAAACAUUAGAACGCUACAUGUGCUCCCGAUUCUUCAUAGACUUCCCAGACAUUCUGGAUCAGCAGCGUAAACUAGAGACCUACCUCCAGAACCACUUCUCCAAAGAAGAGAGGAGCAAAUAUGACUACCUCAUGAUUCUGCGCAGGGUGGUGAAUGAGAGCACAGUCUGUCUCAUGGGACAUGAACGAAGGCAGACUCUCAACUUGAUUUCUCUGCUAGCACUCAAAGUGCUGGCAGAACAAAACAUCAUCCCUAAUGCCACUAAUGUUACCUGUUACUACCAGCCAGCACCUUAUGUUAGUGACGUAAACUUCAGCAACUACUACCUUGCAAGUGCUCCUGUGCCAUACAGCCAGUCGUAUCCCACUUGGCUGCCUUGCAAUUGAUUGCUUGAGUGUUCUUGAAUGGAGGCUACUGAAGGCCAAGAUGCUGAGUGUAUAUAGACAAGUAAUUGUUAGAGGUUUUUCUAAUGGAAACAUGACUGCAUUGGACUGUCCAUUUCCUGGUGUGUGAUAGAAAUAUGCAACCAGGUGACCUGCUAUCACUAUAUAUCUGCAAUUUCUGAGAAGCCUUAUUACCUCUUCAUUAGGAGAAGAGAAUCGACAGCCAAGUAUUAAGAGGAGUAGUUACAAAACUCUGUACUAGUUCUGGAAGUGGCUGUUAACAUAUGAUCUAAGUGGAGUAUUCAGUAAACUGGGCUAGUUAAUCGUAAGAUGUCUUGAGCAGCGAAGAAGCCACUUCUGGAGUAGCAGCAAAACUGUUUUCUGUUGCCUAACCUCAUUAUUCUAUACUUCCUCAGUUAAAGUUCUGGCCAACUUUCUAUUGAACUAAUUGUGCAAGAGUGUCUCGUGUCGUGCUUGGGCUGCUUCUACUUCCUGGCUGUGUAGAACGGGUAACUGUUUGUUUUGUAAAGGACCUAAAUGUUGUUUCUCAUAGUACCUAGGCAUACAUGGUCCUGUGUCAAGUUCAAGAUUAGUUUAUUGGAAGUCGAAGAUGGAUUAGUAAGUCUGUCUUCAAAGCAUAAACUGGCUGAGUUUUUCUUGAGUGCAUAAAUUUGGAAGGUGGCAUUUCUAAACAUGCACCAAAAUACAACCUAAAACUUGGUAAUGUGGGAAAUCCUUGAAAUGAGGAGUUGAAGCCUUAGAUAGAAUUGGAACCACAGCUUGAUUGGUUGAAUCCAGGCUCAAGAUAAAGCCUUUCUGAAUGCAUCCUUCAAAACCAUGUUUGUCACAGCUGGAAAGUAGCACAGCUCUUGCAUUUAAGUUUGCCCCAACUUUCUUCUUCACAGGUCCACAGCAAGCAAAAAAAGAAAAGCCACCACCAAAAAACCCAAGCCACUAAGUUGCAGGAUGAUGUGUACUCCUGCCACAGCACAAAUUCCUAAAGUGCCUCUAAAAUAAAGUUCUUAUUGUACAACUUCAGGCAGGUCCUGAAGGCUUGUCUUUCUGCCGGCAUUUAGGGGUUGAGCUUUGUGGUUUAUCACUGUCAACUGGUUACGGUAUGUGAUGGUAUUUUGAGUGGUUAACGUAAAAUUCUUCUUCUUUAUUGGUCUUAACCUUCACUUGAAGAGGUAUAUAAAUCCUCAAAAGAGUUCUUCACAGAAGCUGUAUGUGUUGAAAGCCUAUUCCAGUUUUCAGAAUAUCCUCUAGAAGAGUAUGUACUCCCUUGGAGGGGUAGGGGGCUGACCUUCCUAAAGGGUGUGUGCUGAACUUGCUGCUUUGAAACUCCUGUGCUUUAUAAAGAAGGUUAAAAAUACCCCAGUUAAUGUAUAUAGUGGUAUUAAACUGGUAUAUUAACUGGAUGAUUUUCACUGAAUUGCAAUAGUAAAAUACAUGUAGCAAAUGAUCUUGAGUUUUCUUUGCUUACCAGAGAAAUAGACUAAAAAGGCAAAUAUAAGAGCUAUUUAAUACGUAUUGGUGCAAUGUUCAAGAAUACCUGUUUGCUAAACCUUUUUUAUGACUUCUAGCUGUUUCUGCAAGCUUGUGAGACCAAAGUGGCUGAUCAAACAGAUGAUUUAAGAUGAGAAGGUAAACCAGACAGCAGGUGAAACACCAAGGUACGGUGGUUGUUCAGGGUGGAAAACAGUAGCAGUGCAGCACUUAAAUGGCAGUAAAAAACCCUGCCUGUUCCUUAUAGGACCAAAAACUUCUAGUUACAUUGCAAGUUCUUUCACUUUUCAGAACUACUUCAUAAAGAUUGCCUCCUUAGAGCAGUGAGGUUGCUCUUCUGUUCAGACUUCUUAAUUUAGUUUAGGAAGUUGGGGAGGGAUGUAGCAGAGUAUGCUUUAGCUUAAUCUUUUUUUUUUCCAACAGUCUUGUAAGCAACUUCAAUGGCAAAUUGACAAAUAAUUUGGUGUCCUCUGUGUAGUGUUGGGUUUGUUUGGGGUGGGGUUUUUGUUUUGGUUUGGUUUUGUUGUUGGUUUUUUUUUUCCUGUUAGAGGCUUCCUGAGUAGUCAGCUAAAGGAGCUAAACUCAAAUGUGAACCCAGCCUUUUUUAUUAACUGUGGAUUGGACUUGGUGUAGCUUACAGACAACACACCUCUCACCCAAGGCUUAGACUAUUUGGAAGGCUUUUUUAAAGCUAGCAUGAUGCCAGUGUUGUCACAUGCGUUAAACUUAGUGCAGGCUUACUGCUGGAAUGCAAACCUAGGCAUGAGUAACUUUGGCAUGCAAGGCAAUACUUGGCCUAGUAUAAAGUGUUGCUAGAAAGAAGGAACUUUUUUUUCUUAGGACUCUGUAAUUGCUAUCAUCCUUUAAAUAAGGUGUUUUUAAAGCCAGCCUGAGCUAUAUCCAUGGAAGAAGUAAACCAUUGCCUAGAGGCAAUGUUUGAUUCGCAUAUCAAAUAGCCUAGAUUAUGUAUCUGUCUUGUUGUGGCUGGUUUUUAGAAACUGUUCCUGUACAUCAGCUCAUGUGGAAGAAGGGGUCAGAGACUCAGGAGUCCUCACAAGCUUCAAACAGACUUGUUUUGCUAGUCUUCAAAUGCCUUGGUGGCUGAAUGUCUGGCCAGGUGUAUCCACUGGAAGAGGAAGUGCUAGAAAAAGGGCUCUAAUGAAUCCCUACUGAGAUAGAGCUAUGGAGAAUUUAAGCUUUCUGCCAUAAAAUUCUACUUUUGCUAAGGUAACUUGUUGUUGAGGUCUCUAAGGAAGCUUUAUGUUGAGUGGCUGCUUACUGAACAGCUGACUUUGUUUAAGCUUUGCAGGACUGCUGUGCU